CGGCCAUCUCACCAGGUCACCAGGUCCCCGCCGCGUCUCCUCUCCGACCCGACAUAUAUAUUUCUGACCACAACCCCCGGCCCCGCCCGCCCCUCUUCGCCCACUCUCGAUAGCCAUGCGUCACUCCCCCGCCAUCCCCCUACCACCGCUCACGCGCGUUGCCGUCGUCGGCGCUGGCGGGCCCUCGGGCCUCGUUACCGUCCGGCAGCUGCUCGAGGCGGGCAUUCCGCCAUCCAAGAUCUUGGCGUACGAGGGCCGCGCGACCGCCGGCGGCGUCUGGAACUAUGCCGAGCACCCAGGCGAUAUCCACAUCCAGUGGCGAAAGAACGGCACGCCGCUGCUGCGUACAGACAAGGAGCUCGAGGCCGAGGGCAGCAACGGACCGUCGGCCGUGUAUGACCGCUUGCGGACCAACCUUCCCAAGGAAGUAAUGGCCUUCCACGAGUACCCUUUCCCCGAGGACACGCCCCAGUUCCCAUGGCACUAUCAGGUCAAGCACUACCUGCAAGACUAUGCCGCGGCGAAGGGAUUAAACGAUGUUAUCCAGUUCCAGCACCGCGUCCUGGCAGUGUACCACACGCCCGGGACGUCCGACCCAGCAGAGAAGUGGACGGUUGUGACAGAGAACACGAUCACGCGUUUGCGCCACAGCGAGCGCGUGUCGCACGUCAUCGUCUCCAACGGGCACUACAACGAGCCGUACAUCCCGCGCGUGCGCGGGCUGGACGGGUUCACCGGCAAGGUGUUCCACAGCCGGUGGUGGCGCAAUCCGUUCCAGUACGAGGGGAAGAAUGUGCUGGUGGUCGGAUCCAAGUCGUCCGGCUCGGACAUUGCGCGCGAGCUGGCAGUUGUCGACCAUCAGAAGCGGCUCAAGGGCGAGAAGGUGACCCGCAGGAUCUACCAGAGCAUCCACGGCCUCGUGGACCCCAAGAAGCCAACGUGGGACGACGACCUGGAAUGGGCAAAGGAGAUCAAUGUCGUGUCGCAGAUUGACCACAUCAAUGGGGAUGUGCUCCAUCUCAUCGACGGCCAGAAGGUCACCGGUGUCGACGUUAUUUUCUACGCCACGGGCUACCUCUUCUCGUACCCCUUCUGCCAUGAGCAGGAGCCAUUCGCCUCGCAGCCAGUGACUGACGCCCUCUCGCCCGCAGAGAAGGAGCAGGGCAUCCCCAAGGCGGGCGGCAAGACAAUCACCAACCUGGACCCGAGCGAGACGUUCUACGCACCCGACCCGACGCUGGCAUUGAUCAACCUGCACUACCUCGUCAACCCGUUUCCCCUCGGCGAGAUCACGGCCCGGCUGGUAGCCUACUCGUUUGCCCACGGCGAGGUGCCGCCUCUCCCGGCGCUGCGCAAGGCGUCGUCCGACCCACGCGACAUCAACAUUGGCUACCCGCAAGAGUACAUCAACAUGGACAACUGGCUGCUGGCCAUCGGCGAGGGCGGGGAAACUGGCGGACCAAACCACGGGUGGACGCGCAUCCCCGACCAUAUCCGCGAGGCGCGGCGCGACGCGCUCAAGACGCGGAAAAAGGUGCUGGGGUACUGAGUGCGCGCGUGCGCGCGCGCAUGCACACACACACACGGAGAAUCUAGAGUGUAUGUUGUACAAAGAUGGACGUGGUGCCACUGAUGGCGUAAUGGCCGGCUCCCCUGGCUUAUCAUGCUAGUCGCCGAAAUUAGCCACAGACUCACUGCGCACUAAGGCAGGCAGCACGUCAUGGUGUCUCCAUCGCCUCCUCGUGCGGACGGUUCCGCG